CACACCAGUGCUGAGCCCCAUGGGGUCACCACCGCACUCCCACGCCUCCGUUGACCACCACUCGCGUGAGUCCUCAUCGAGUCGGUUUUCAGGGUCGCUGAAAUCCGUAUCCCGUAAGGUGUUGCCUUACGACGGGUCGUCUAGGGGAGCACAUAAGCAGUGGAAAGAAUGGGAUGUUAUUGAAGAAGAAGGGCUCCUGGAUGAUGGAGAACGUGAGAAGGGACUUCCUCGGCGUUGCUACUUUUUAGCUUUUGUUCUUGGCUUCUUCAUUUUGUUCUCAAUGUUUUCUUUGAUUCUCUGGGGAGCUAGCAGACCCCAAAAUCCCAAGAUUACAAUGAAGAGUAUAAAAUUUGAGCAAUUCAAGAUCCAAGCUGGUUCGGAUUCUACAGUGGUGGCUACAGAUAUGAUCACCAUGAACUCCACAGUGAAAAUGAUUUAUCGCAACACUGGAACGUUUUUUGGGGUCCAUGUCACCUCAACUCCUAUUGAUCUCUCAUAUUCACAAAUCAACGUUGCUUCAGGAACCAUGAAGAGGUUUUAUCAAUCGAGGAAGAGCCAAAGGUCUGUAACUGUAAACGGUUAUGGGAAACAAGGUUCCAUUGUACGGAAGUGGAGCAAGUUUGAGCAGUUCAACAGGAACGACGGCGCAUCCAGUUUUACUGAAACUGAGCUUCGUUGUCCGAUCAAGAGCUUAUGUGCUGGGGAAACUGGUGAAGCCAAAGUUCACCAAGAAAAUCGAAUGUGACAUAACUUACGAUCCCAAGAAACCCAAUGCUCCCAUUUCACUCAAGAAAUCUUGCACAUACGAUUCAUAAAAAGUUGGGAUCGCAUGGAAAACACGUUGAAGAUUCGUUCCUUUCUUUUUUGUUA